AUGUCAGCAGCAUCCGAAAAGCUUCAUUUCGUCUUCAGUCAUGAACUCGAAGAUCGAAUUCAGAUUAAAAUUGGUUCACUUGAUGGUGAACGACUGCAACCAUCUACCCACGAUUUAUUCUUCUCCGAUAGUCCAUCUUUUGCUCGGAAUUUGAAUGAUACAAAACGCAGCGAACCAUUUGUGGUCUGUCAAGUCUUUUCCGACGGGCAGCCGCUUUGUUUGCCUGUUCAAACAUCAUUUAAAUCGUUUGUUGACAAAUGGAACUGGAAUGAAUGGUUAACAUUGCCGUUGAGAUAUUGUGAUUUGCCUCGAUAUGCAGUUAUAACAUUUUCAAUUCAUGAGAUUAUUUCACCGACGAAUAUUCGAAUCGUUGGCAGUUCAACUCUCUCGUUAUUUGCAUCGGAUGGAACGUUUCGACGAGGUAUUUAUGAUUUGAAACUUUGGCCAAAUGUCGUACCGGAUGUCAAAUAUAAUUCUUCAACGCCUGGAAAAGUCGAGCCAAUGUCCAAUCAAGAUCCGAUUCUUGUUAAUCAAACGAACAGAACCGGUAUAACCACAUCAUCUCUGCAAAAUAAUUCCAAACAAAUUACAGCUAAACCUCCAGUGAUCACUAUGAAUGACGAAAGUGAAUAUCCGAUGCUUGAUGAAUUAAGUCGCAUAGCUAAAUUGAUCAAAACUCAAUGUGAUGGUCAUACGAUUGAUCAGGAAUGGUUAGAGAAAUUAGCUUUAGCAAAAGCACGUUCAUGCUUGGAUAAUGAAAGAUCAAAUUCGAAAUCGAUGUUACUUAUGAUCGACUUUGCUCGAACGAUGAUCGAAGACAACGAAUGCACCGUACUUUAUUUCGAACCGAACUGUGAAGAUAUUCUUAACUAUCCGAUUGGCUAUACCGAUCUCGUUGUUUUUGAUCCUGAAAUGGAUCUGGAAAAUAUCGUUGAAAGCAAACAUUUGAAACUAGCACGUAGUGGUCGAAAAGCAAUGGACAAAGACUUGAAACCAACGCGUGAACAUCGUGAUAAACUAAUGCAUAUUCUAGCAUAUCCAUCCGGACAAUUUCUGACAAUCGAAGAACAAGAUUUAGUCUGGAAAUAUCGUUUCUUCUUAUCUCAACACAAGAAAGCUCUAGCGAAGUUUUUGCAAUGUGUUCAUUGGGACAAAGAAGAAGAAGUCAAGCAAGCACUCGAUCUUUUACAACAAUGGGUUACAAUGGACACUGAGGAUGCUUUGGAACUAUUAGGACCUUCAUAUCAUCAUCCAAAAGUUCGCUCGUAUGCAGUAUCACGACUACGACAAGCCUCGGAUGAAGAUUUACUGUUGUAUUUGUUACAAUUGGUACAAGCUCUUCGAUAUGAACGAUAUGGUCUAAUCAAUGCGUUCGUAGUAGACACAGCAGGUGAAGAACAAUAUAGCUUAAGUGAUAAUAAUGAAAAUUAUGCGAAUGUUGUUGUUCCAUCUGAUUCAGUCUCCAGUGAUCCAACAAAGUCUUUUAUUCCUGAAGUUGAUUUGUCAACGUUCUUAAUUCAACGCGCAUGUGAAAAACCGAUUAUUGCAAAUUAUCUAUUUUGGUAUGCGUAUGUGGAAUGUGAAAAUAGCAGCUCCGCCAAAGAUAAAGCUACUUUUGAUAUGUACCAAGCUUUUGUCGAACGACUGAGCAUCACACUGAAAACAAAAAAUGAACAAACUCAGCAAGUUCGUUUGUCGAUCGAAGCACAGAAGAACUUCAUGGAUAAACUUGUUGAGUUAACGAAUAAUGUUAAACGUGUACAAGGUUCAGCGAAAGUCAAGGAAGAUAAAUUGCGCAGUUAUAUAUUAGCUGGCGAAGAUUCUCCUGUGAAAUUUAACUUUCUCAAUUUCGAUCCAAUUCCAUUACCUUUGGAUCCCGAGAUUAAAAUUCGUCGAAUUAUUCCGGAAAAAAUCAGGAUCUUCAAGAGUGCCAAACUGCCUUUCCUAUUCGUAUGUGAAACAACUCAAGGAGAAGAAUAUCCACUUAUAUUCAAAUACGGUGAUGAUCUGCGACAAGAUCAAUUGAUCUUACAGAUUAUAACGUUGAUGGAUCGAAUUCUUCGAAAAGAAAAUAUCGAUUUGAAAUUGACGCCAUACAAAGUUCUAUCGACAAGUUUGAAAUGCGGUUUUGUUCAAUUUAUUGAUUCACAACCGUUACAAAAGAUUCUCGAACGUAAUCGCACCAUUCGUCAAUAUUUACAAACGAAAAUUACUCAAAGUAAUGCCGAAGAUGCAACUCUAGUGGAAACUGGCAUACCUCGAGAGAUGAUGGACAAUUAUGUAAAAAGUUGCGCUGGAUAUUGUGUUGUAACAUAUUUGUUGGGUGUUGGCGAUCGACAUCUCGAUAACUUGUUAUUACGAGAUAGCGGUCAACUGUUUCACAUUGAUUUCGGCUUUAUUAUGGGUCGCGAUCCAAAGCCAUUACCACAAGCAAUGCGUGUAUCUAAAGAUAUGAUGGAAAUGCUAGACGAGAAACGUUUACUUGACUUUUUACGACAUUGUUUUACUGCGUUUAUCAUCCUUCGAAAACAUGCGAAUGUUUUUGCAAAUCUAUUUUCAUUGAUGCUCGAUGCAAACAUACCCGAUAUCGCACUCGAACGAGAUAAAACCGUUAAAAAGUUAUUGGACAAAUUUCGUUUGGAUUUGGAUGAUGAAAAAGCGACGAUUUAUCUGAAAGAUUUAAUCGAUUCAAGUAUUGGCGCGCUUGUUCCACAGUUUUAUGAUUAUAUUCAUAAUUGGUCACUUGCCUUUCGAUAA